AUGAUCAACCUGGGUUGCCGGAGAUGCGGCCAGAUCGCUACCCGCUUCAAAUCAAGCACCCGACCCUCGAUCGCUGACGGACCCUCCUUUGCCGAUUUUGUCUCUUCGGCGUCGAAGGAAGAAGCCGUUUCCAAGCAUCAAGACAAGCUGAAGUUGUCCAAGGGCGACAAGCGAUUACGGCUGCCCGAAUGGCUAAAGAAGGACAAGCCCUAUGCCAGUGAAAACGAAAAUGUCAAGCGGAUGAAGCACCAGCUAAAGGACCUGAAGUUGGCAACAGUGUGUGAAGAGGCGAGGUGCCCGAAUAUUGGCGAGUGCUGGGGUGGAAGCAAGGAUUCGUUGUCUACAGCUACUAUCAUGUUGAUGGGCGACACAUGCACGCGAGGUUGCCGAUUUUGCUCGGUAAAGACGGCACGAGCACCGCCGCCACUCGACCCGCUUGAGCCCGAGCACACUGCCAAGGCAAUCGCUUCGUGGGGCGUGGAUUAUGUCGUGUUGACAUCAGUCGAUCGGGAUGAUAUUGCCGAUGGCGGCGCCUCACAUCUUUCAAAGUGUGUCUCGGAGUUGAAGCGAGAGAAGCCAAGUAUCCUGGUCGAAUGCCUGUUGCCGGACUUUUCAGGUAAUCUCGAAAGCGUCGCCGUUAUGGCCAACUCUGGACUGGACGUCUACGCGCACAACAUUGAAACCGUGGAAAGCCUAACGCCCUGGGUCCGAGACCCCCGAGCCAAAUACCGGACAUCCCUGCAAGUGCUUCGACACGCCAAGUCCGCCAACCCGAAGCUCAUCACCAAAACGUCGCUGAUGCUCGGGCUCGGCGAAUCGGACGCCGAGCUGAUGACGACGCUGCAAGAUUUGCGCGACAAUGACGUUGAUGUCGUCACAUUUGGCCAAUACAUGCAGCCGACGAAGCGGCACCUGCUGGUGAAGGAAUGGGUGACGCCGGCCAAAUUUGACGAAUGGGCUGCUAUCGCGCAAGGCAUGGGAUUUUUGUACGUCGCCUCGGGGCCGCUCGUUCGCUCGUCGUACAAGGCCGGAGAAUUCUACUUGAAGUCUGUGCUACAGAAGCGGAAUAAAGAAGCUGCAGCCGCAAAC